AUCCGUUCGAAAGCUAUUACGUAUUUAGUCUGCGUCAAACGGUUCAACCACCAUGUACACCACUGGCUGAAACAACAUCGUAUUAAGAGUGUUUUUUUUUUACCUUAAUACUUAACCACUUAAGGUGGCGAUAAGGCUUGUUGGUUUUGUUUUCAUUAGGCGACCGGUGGUUAAUAUUUAAAGAUGUCUCUGGCGGACGAGCUCCUGGCAGAUUUGGAGGAGGCCGGAGAUGAAGGGGAGGAGGGGUUGUAUCCCGAGGAAGAGGAACGGGAUAGUGAUGGAGAGGCAACGCAGGGAAGGACAGAUGGAGUGUUGGAAGACAUCCCAGAGGAGAUGGAGGUCGAUUACAGUAAAGCUGAGAGUGUUGCAUCCAUUGCCAAGCUCCGCAAUAGCAAGCAGUUUUCAGAGAUUAUGGAGAAAAUCUCAAUUUAUAGUGGAAAGCAGCGCAAAAACUCAGAGGUCUCUGGUCCAGUGGAGUCAGAUCCUGAGUACAGACUGAUCGUUGCAGCCAAUAAUCUCACAGUGGAGAUCGACAAUGAGCUCAAUAUCAUUCACAAGUUCACACGGGACAAGUACUCCAAGAGGUUUCCAGAGCUCGAGUCUCUCGUGCCAGAUUCUCUGGACUACGUCCGCACAGUCAAGGAAUUGGGGAAUAAUCUGGAGAAGUGCAAGACCAAUGAAACUCUGCAGCAAAUCCUCACCAACGCCACCAUCAUGGUCGUCAGUGUCACAGCGUCGACCACGCAGGGGACACUACUUAGUGAGGAGGAACUGCAGCAACUGGAGGAGUCCUGUGACAUGGCUCUGGAGCUGAACCAGUCCAAACACAGGAUCUAUGAAUAUGUAGAGUCCAGAAUGUCAUUCAUCGCCCCAAAUCUGUCCGUCAUCGUUGGAGCUUCAACAGCUGCCAAGAUCAUGGGUAUUGGAGGCGGCCUCACUAACCUCUCCAAGAUGCCCGCCUGUAACCUGAUGCUGCUGGGAGCGCAGAGGAGAACCCUUUCCGGCUUCAGCAGCACCUCCCUGCUGCCCCACACCGGCUACAUAUACCACUGUGAUGUGGUGCAGUCACUGCCACCCGACCUCAGGAGGAAGGCCGCUCGUCUGGUGUCUGCAAAGUGCACCCUUGCUUCCCGAGUGGACAGCUUCCAUGAGAGCUCAGACGGCAAGGUUGGCUACGAUCUUAAAGAAGAAAUAGAGAGGAAGUUUGAUAAAUGGCAGGAGCCUCCGCCAGUGAAGACGGUCAAACCUCUGCCAGCCCCGCUGGACGGACAGAGGAAGAAGAGAGGAGGAAGGAGGUAUCGAAAGAUGAAGGAGCGUCUCGGACUGACUGAGAUCAGGAAGCAUGCCAACAGGAUGACCUUUGCAGAGAUUGAGGACGACGCCUAUCAGGAGGACCUGGGCUUCAGUCUGGGUCAGUUGGGAAAGAGCGGCAGCGGGCGAGUCAGGCAGGCUCAGGUCAACGAAGCCACCAAGGCCAGAAUCUCCAAAUCCCUCCAGAGGACAUUGCAGAAGCAGAGCAUGACGUACGGAGGAAAGUCCACCGUCAGAGACCGCUCCUCAGGAAUCAGCUCCAGUGUAGCGUUCACUCCUCUUCAGGGGCUCGAGAUCGUGAACCCGCAGGCUGCGGAGAAGAAGGUGGCUGAAGCUAACCAGAAAUACUUCUCCAACAUGGCGGAGUUCCUCAAAGUCAAGAAGGAAUCCAAGAUGUGAAUGCACACACACACACACACACACACACACGCACACCAUUAUCCCGCAGACAGACAGUUGCACUCAACACUGUAAAGCGAUUAGUAUAUUUUCAACAUGGUUUGACAUUGUGCUUUGUCCUGUAUUUUUCCAUUUGAAUAAAAACAUUAAG